CAAAGGGACGCCAAGGGUAAGAGCAUGAGUGGCUUGGCGAACGUGGUGUGGACGGAGACGAGUGUGUGGGCCCUGUGCCAGCCCAGUGAACGCCAAACGAGCACACAACAAGCGAAGUGGGGUGAAAAAAUAAAUUAUCGCCCAUAGUUUAAUAGUAGUAUCAGUAACCCCUGACCGGCGGAUUUCUCGAUGUCAAAAUGAACCUAAUAUUUUACCUAUAAAUACCUAACACACUCUCAUCGUCUCCUCCGCCGAUUAUUCUCGAAUUCUUGUUAUCAGAUCAGAUCAUAUCAGAUCUAUCCAUGGCAGCCUUCACCGGAUCAUCCACCCUACCUUCAUGCCAAUGCCUGGCACCAACAAGGGUCUCUGGCCUGAAGAUGGUUUCUUUCUCCAAUAUGGGAAGAACCAAUCUCCCAUUGUCAUUCCGCCGCCUUCAAAUUUCAUGUGCUGCCAAACCAGAGACAGUAGACAAGGUUUGCAACAUAGUGAGAAAACAACUGGCUCUAAAAGAAGAUAUGUCAGUUUCUGGUGAAUCAAAGUUUGCUGCACUGGGAGCUGAUUCACUUGACACGGUCGAGAUUGUGAUGGGGCUUGAGGAAGAGUUUGGUAUCACCGUUGAAGAAGAGAGUGCCCAGAAUAUUGCGACGGUUCAAGAUGCUGCAGAUCUUAUCGAGAAGAUUCUUGAGAAAGACAGUGCGUAAUCAGUGAGGUUCUGGUAUACUUUUUCUUGUUUUUGUUGAUUUCAACUGUUCCUGGUGUUUGUUGGUGUAUCAUGGAGUAUUGUUAGUUGUUUUUCAGUUCUUAGUUGGUAUGCUGGUGACAGGAUUAGAGUGGUAUUUUUAAUGAAUUUGCUUGCUACAAUAAAUAAACUAUUACUAUAUCAAAGUCUCUUGGUUAA